AUGUUUAAAGAGUGGAAUAAUAUGAUCAACCAAAAGAGAAGGAAGCAUCUUCGCAUUUUUGAGAAUUUCUUCUUUGCUUCCUUGGCUGUUGCCGACCUAUCCAUCGCUCUCUUCGUCCUCCCGUUGUCCCUGAUCGUGGAGAUGUCUGAUGGAAAAUGGCACUUUGGUCGAAUGGCGUGCGAUUUCUUCAUCUUCGUUGAUGUGUCAUGCUGCACUGCUUCAAUUCUCCAUCUUUGCGCUAUUGGACUGAACCGCUACUUCUCCAUCGCGUCUCCUUUGAAGAACAACACCAAGCAGAACAACUUGCGGGUUUUGUUAAUGAUUUUAUCGGUAUGGUUGCUGUCCUUCAUUUUUGCUUCACCGCCACCUUUCGGCUGGCCUGAACGGACUGACAUCAUAUCUGAUGAUCAGUGUAAAUAUGAUGAAGACAAGUGA